AUGCCCUCUCAAGUACUCUGGAUGAGACGUCUCCGAGUCUUGCGUCGUUUGCUCGUCAAGUACAGAGACUCUGGCAAGAUCGACAAGCACCUGUACCACGAACUCUACAAGCUCGCCAAGGGUAACACAUUCAAGCACAAGCGUCAAGUCAUUGAGCACGUCAUCAAGGCCAAGGCCCAAGCCGCCCGUGAGCGUGCCCUCAAGGACGAGUCCGAGGCCCGUCGUCUCCGUAACCGUGCCGCUAGAGAUAGAAGACAACAACGUGUUGCCGAGAAGAGAGAGGCCCUUCUCCGAGACGAUUAA